AUGUCUCAACGGAGUCAAGACACUUCGAUUUUAUGCUAUAGCAACUGGCAAGGUAGGUCGACGACUAAUAUGGAAUUGGGAACUCAGCCGGGCCAUCUAUUUUCUAGGCUGGGCCGAUUAUGGAUUUCGGCAAAUAUUUACGUGACACUGGUCCCUGAUAUAGAGGUGUUCACAGAUACAGUCAACGAUAUGGUCUCCCUUGUACUUGCAACCACACAAGCACACAUGACAGACACAGCUUGUAAAAAAGUUUAUCCAAUUGAUUUCACCGGUGAAUUCAAAGGCCAGGACUAA